GUGCAGCGGGGCUCCCGCUGCCUCUCGCCGUCCCUCCGCCACCCCGAUGCCAAGCACGUGCCACCCCCAGAGCCACUGAGCAGAGGGCACAGGAUGGAGAGCCGCAGGCGGGACAUGGAGCUGCUGAGCAACAGCAUGGCCGCGUACGCCCACAUCCGAGCCAACCCCGAGAGCUUCGGGCUCUACUUCGUGCUGGGCGUCUGCUUCGGGCUGGUGCUGACCCUCUGCCUGCUGGUGCUGCGCCUCUCCUGCCGCUCCCCUGCGCGGCCCCCGCCCCGCCCGAGGGACCUCAGCGAGGACGAGGAGGACGAGGAGGACGAUGACGAGGAGGAGGAAGAGGAGGACACUGUGGACCGCGCAGCAUCCGAGUCGCUGCUGCCGGUGACCGAGAUCCCGCUGGACAGCCACGGCCCCGGGGACGGCGCUCUGGCCGUCAACGUCUUUGCCUCGGCGGAGGAGCUGGAGCGGGCGCAGCGGCUGGAGGAGCGGGAGCGCAUCAUCCGUGAGAUCUGGCGCAACGGGCAGCCCGACAUCCUGGGCACCGGCACCCUGGGCACCGGCACCCUGGGCCGCGUCCACUACUACUGA